AUGCCUGGACUCACCACGUACCCACCCUUUCCCGAGGACAUCCCUACCUGCCCACUGAUAGUUGUUGACUACCAACUGGUCAGAGCCGGCAACGAAGAGGAGAUCAACAAACUGUGGAAGGCUGCGACGGAGCUCGGGUUCUGGUACCUAAGAAAUCAUGGCGUAGAGGAGAUAGAUGACAUGUUUGAGAUGGGUCAUGAAACUAUGGCUCUCCCGCUCGAUGAGAAGCUUAAGUUCGACGAAAAAGGGGCUUCGUUUGGCUACAAAGUUCCGGGAGUCAUGAUCCUGGACGAUAAUGGCACACGUGACGUCACUGAAUACAUCAACGUCUCCAAGGACGAUGCGCUCGCUUGGCCUGCAGUCGUGCACCGCACCUAUCCCUCGACCGUGAACGAGCAUCAGGAAAACGUC